CAAACAAACGUCUGUCUGAAGGGUGAGGCAACGUUUUGAAAUCCUUCAGACGGCAGAAACUGGGGCUUUAAGCACCAUGAGUGAACCACAGAAUAGCAACGAGGCUACUGAGGAAGAUGCUACUGAAUUGCAGUUUCCAAAAGAGUUUGAGAAGGCUGAGACCCUCUUGAUCUCUGAGGUCCACAUGCUGUUAGAACAUCGCAAACAGACAAAUGAAAAUGCAGAAGAAGAACAAGAACUGAACGAGAGAUUCAUGAAGACCUUGAAUUACUGUGAAAGGUUUUCCAAGUUCAAGAACAGAGCCACGAUUAAGGCCAUUCGCGAACUUUUAAAUCAGAAGAAGCUGCACAAAUUUGAACUGGCAGCACUUGCCAACCUUUGUCCAGAGACGCCUGAAGAAGCCAAAGCUCUUAUUCCCAGCUUGGAAGGGCGUUUCGAGGAUGAAGAGCUCCGUGUGUUGCUAGAGGACAUGGCAACACAAAGAAGCUUUCAGUAUUAAAGUAUACUGUGUGUGCAGAUGCAUUUUGUAUUACCAAACCACUCAGCAGUGAAGGAAAUAAUGUUGCUCUUGUUUCAGCAAGGGUGGCUGUUGCAAUUUUACAUUUUGAGGUACUGUAUAAUUGUUUUGGAAAUGUAUAUAUAUAGUCAAGCACUAUUAGGCAUUGCCACUUGCCAGCCAUCCUUUCUCAGUGCUCAGGAAGUGAUUUGGAUUUUAUCUUGGCCACACAAUAAAAAUGUAGGGCUAGAUCUUGACAUGGGACCCCUUACGUCACUGUCUUUAUUUUUGUUCACUCUUUAUCAUUGUGGAUGCUUUGUUGCCUUUAGUCUACUGCGGAGUGAAAUGAAAGGCAUAACAAUCAUUUCUUUGUUGGUGAAAAUAGGAUAAGUUUGUGAAGAUCAUAUACUAUUUUAAUGUUUGUGUCAUUGAGAGUCAGAUACCUGGAGUACCUGUUUUUUAGAAAUUUUGUUGAUUUUGAAGCUUCAUAAAUUUCGAAGUUAUUAUUUCUAUUUAGUAAUAUUAUUCUUACCAGAACUUGUACUAUAAAGUUUUGAAGAUUGAAACUAGUAUAAUGAGGUUCUGAGAUAAUGAAAAGUAUUUUGUACAAAUAUUACAGAUGUUGUAAUUUUCCUAGCUAUUUUUUAUACUUUGUCAGGAAGACUGUUGGGUAAUACCAAUCUUUAAUGAAGGAAAUGAUAUGUUUAACGGUUGUAUUUAUUAAGAAAAAAAUAUCACUAAGUUCUAGUACAACUAAAGCAUUUUUAAA